AUGAUAGUUUUUAUGCUCGGCACUGAUGACCCUGUCCACACUUCUGAAAAAGACGCGAUAACUGAGUUUCGAGUUCUCUUCGAUACAAUCGCCGGUCUCAGCAUGGACCCACUCCAUAUUUCUCCACAGAACAUAGUCGAGCAUUUCUGCUCUGUUGGAUUGAUACGCGCUCACGACGGAACCCAGCACGAUUUCGCGCGCACUUUGGCUAAGUUUACAAAGAAGUUUGACGCCAAAGGAAAGCUUAUGCGCCCUGGCUUUUACAACGAGGAGGAAUUCGUCAAGUUUUGGUUCAAUACACAUAAGUUCUACAACAAAUACGACGUCAACAACUCUGGAGCGAUUACCCGAGCUGAUUUCCUUCAAUCACUCAAAGACUCUGAUCGAUCAGACGCGGAUACCGACGAGAAAGUCUCAGAGAUCUUCAACAUUGCCGAUCGUAACCGCGACGGUGUGAUUGACUUCAUCGAGUUUUUCUGUCGACUACCUCAGAUUCUCAACUGGAAUUAA